CGUUGUUCGUUGUUUGUUGUUCUUGUUGCGCCAUUCGCAGUCGAGUAAUCACUCUCUACCAUCAUMAUGCCGAUUGUGGACAUGGACAUGAAUCAGCGGCAGGCGGAUGGGAUUGGAACGGGGAGAUCGAGUCGAAAGAUGGGAAGAUGGGAACGAGAAGAAGAAGAGGAUCCGAUUUUCAUGGCGUUAUCCAAUCAGGCGAUGGUGGACGGACACUGUCACAACGUCGUAGAGAACAGUCCAGCUAUGCGAUACGAGCGAGCAUUUUCAGAAGCAGAAGGACACGCGCUCGACGAUGCGCACCACACACUCUCUUUCAAGAGGAGUGUGCGAGAGAUUGGCAGUUUGCUGGGAUGCGAUGGCGACUUCGACAGCAUCAAAAAGCGGCGUGAGACUCUGGGGCAGGAGGCUGUUGCUAGGGUAUGCUUUGACUCAGCCCGGAUUUCAGCCCUGCUCAUCGAUGAUGGGCUGCGGUCAGGGGCUGCAAGGAGCCUAGGCUGGCAUACAUCGUAUGUCCCGCUUGUCAAGCGUGUUCUACGAGUGGAAGCAGUCUCUGAAGACAUUUUAUCGGAGAUGGCGCUGGAGGACAAGGCAACAUGGACUCUCGAUAGUUUUGAAGCGAAAUUGCGUGCAGCACUUGACCCGUUGCCAGAAUCCGUUGUUGCUUUCAAAAGCAUCGCCGCCUACCGGAGUGGCUUGGACAUUGAGCCGAAUGUGAAGAGGGAGGACGCGGAAGCGGCCCUUGGGAACCUGCUUGGGCAACAAGGUGAUGUGCGCAUUGUGGAUAAGCACCUGGUGGACCUCAUCUUUGUCUUGGCGCUGGAGGUUGCAACAAAACUGAAGAUUCCUAUGCAGAUCCAUACCGGGUUUGGAGACAAGGAUCUGGAUUUGCGGCUCGCAAAUCCCGGUCAUUUGCGGCGAGUGUUGGAAGACAAGCGGUUUGAAAAGAGCAGAAUUGUUCUUCUGCAUGCAUCAUAUCCGUACAUGAGGGAAGCGGGUUAUUUGGCAAGUGUGUAUCCUCAGGUUUACCUCGACUUUGGUCUGGCGAUCCCAAAGCUGAGCGUUCAUGGAAUGUUCGCAGCACUGAAGGGGUUGCUGGAAUUGGCACCACUGAAUAAGGUGAUGGCAAGUACAGACGCUUACAUUUUCCCCGAAAUAUUUUACUUGGGUGCACUAUGGACCAGGCGCAUCCUCUCCUGUGUGUUGCGCGAAUCUGUCAAUGAUGGAGACCUGACUGAGAUCGAGGCUAUUGCUGCUGGGAAGGCCGUUUUAUCUGGGAAUUCUGUACGGCUGUAUGGACUGGAUCAGGCUAUCAUAGACAGCUGUGAGCAUUCUGAUGGGGAGACUGUCUGCAAUCAGCAGAGCACUGUGAAGCGCCCCACUUGCAUCCCGAACCAAAAUGAAUUUGUGCGGGUCACGUGGAUGGACGUUUCAGGAUUGAGGAGGUGUAAGGCGGUUCCGAAGCAACGGUAUGAGACAAUCGCAAGUGGGGAAGGGCUGAGCAAUCCCAAGAUACUGAUUGCACUAUCGAAUCCGUUCGAUGCACCUCCUCCUGGGUGCCCAUAUGGACCAGACAAUGAGGUUCGCCUUCUCCCUGAGGAAGACACUCGUCGUUCGAUUCCCUGGUGUUCUGGGCACGAUAUAGUGCUGACGACCCUUUAUAAAGCGCCGGGAGAAGUGUGGGAAUCGUGUCCUCGAGGCAAUUUGGUUCGCAUGCUAGCACAGCUCAAAAAAGAAUUCAACUUGGAGCUACGCGCAGGUUUCGAGAAUGAGUUCUAUCUGCUAAAACCGGCCACAGGGACGGAAACUGAGCUGAAAUGGAUGGCUAUUGAACAGUCAACCUAUGGAUCUGCAGGAGGCUUAGAUGUUGCUGCCCCGUUGCUCUCUCAGAUAGGUAGAGCCUUGGGUGAAAUGGGCAUCACCGUUGAUCUGAUGCAUUCUGAGUCAGGGCCGGGGCAAUAUGAAAUCGUCCAGCGAUACAGCGAGGCCGUCUCAGCAGCAGAUAACGUUAUUUUAAUCCGGGAGGCAAUCACAUCACUUGCUCGCAAGGAGGGUUUGCGAGCAACGUUCAUCCCAAAGUAUUUUGUAGAUGCAUGUGGCUCCGGAAACCACGUUCAUUGCAGCAUCUGGGAAUCGGGGGAAAACGUGUUCGGAGGAUCGUCAGAUGAUCCAAGCGCAAAAUGGGGUAUUUCAAAACGGGGCCAGCAGUUCGUUGCUGGGAUUGUUCAUCAUCUCCCAGCUCUCAUGGCCGUCACAGCGCCAAAUCCAAACAGCGUGUUUUCACGGAUCCUGGCUCUUCAAGAAAACAAGGCAGAGGCCGCUCUAAUAAGGGCGGUAGAGGAAGCGGAAGGCAAAAUAGCUCUUUUCCCUCCGAGAUCGCUAGAGGUCCAUUGGUGGAGUAUUGAGAGAGCCCACCGGCUGCAGAGCUGGGAUGAACUUCAAGUGGCCAAGUCUGAAAGGUGGAAGGAGAUCCUAUCGGUAAAGGGCAUCCAAUCAGGGGACAGGUUAACAAAGUCAACAUUUCAACGCCUAUUGCCACAAUUUCAGCAAAAAGAGAUGAAGCUGCUGCAGCACCCCUUUGACAAAUCGGCCCCUGAAGCUUGCACUUCGAAGGAAAUGUGUUUGUAUGCAGAACUCUAUUUUCAUGACAUCCUAACGUCACGACGAAGUAACACCGAAUGUUUGUAUGCAGAACUCUAUUUUCAUGACAUCCUAACGUCACGCCGAAGUAACACCGAACUGGACAUGGGCCAAGUGCAUCUGACAGAUUUGUGGGAACUGGUUGAAGCAAGGCUACCACAGGAGGGUAGAUUGGACUUGGAUAGGCCUAUCACAGACUCAGAAGCCAAGCAGGCAAUCAAGGCAAUGGCGAGGGGGAAGGCCCCAGGUUCAGAUGGAAUGACUGUGGAGUUAUCUCAUAUGUUCUGGCCGGAAUUGGGAGGGGUGUUGUUCGAGAUGUAUAACAAUGCUCUUAUUGGGGCCUGGUUACCGUCCAGCAUGAGUCAUGGCGUGAUUACGCUGUUUGUACAAGACGGGGGAGAGGGAUGAAAUUAGAAAUUGGAGACCUAUUUCCAGGUUGAAUGUGUCAUAUAAGAUUUUAGCCAAGACGCUC